AUGGAAGAAGGAGAUGAGUUUAAUUUGUAGUCUCGUCUAUAAACUCUAGUUUAGGAUUUGUCUACACCAGUUGACUUUAGGAGGAGGUAAUCUGCUAUCUAGUUUGUGGGAUAGUUUGGAAAAAAAACAAAUUAAAAAAAAAACUUAUUUAAUAGUGAUAAGGAAAUACCUCUUUAGAAUAAAAGAAGAGCUAGCAAAAAAUUUAGCUUUUUGAAAAAACCAAUUACAUUUACUGAAGAUGGAGAGUAAGAAUAAGAUUUUAACAUUAAAAAGAGUUAGUAAAAGAGAAAAGUAACUAUCGUCGCUCAUGAUAAUGCUAUAAAUGAAGAAGCUUAAUAAGAAGAAGUAAGUCAAAAGGAGAUAUUAUUAGAGGAACCUUAGAUUACAAAUAUAGAAAAAAUAAAAGACUUUAUAAAAUAAACUAACUUUGAUUAGCUUGAAAGAAAACGGAAAAAUUAAGUAGAGUGUAAUGAUAGCUUUAAGGAAAUAAUUGACGACAUCAUAUAACUAAAUAUUUUGAAGUAGAAAUAAUUAGAAAAGAAUAACCAACUUUUAGUGCACAUAGCAAAUGCUUAAAGUGAAAAUUUUAACGAAUCUAUUUUCUUUAACCCUGAUUUGACUAAAUUUCAAUUCUAAAAGUUUAAAAACAACUUAAGCAGCAAGUUUAGCUAGUAAAUAAAUGAAGUAGAUUUUAAUAAGUAGAACUACCUUUUUAAGGAAGACCCUAUACUAGAGAAUAGGUUCAUGUUUAUCCCAAAAAGUUAAUAAAAAACUAACUUAUACAGAAAGAAAAAUGGAAUAUAAUAGAAUUCAGAAACUAUAAAACCAAUUAAAACAGAUUUUGAGAUUUAGCAUUCUAUAAACAAAUUACUAAAUUUUUCAAGGAGAAAUUAAAAAUAAUAAUAGAUGACCUAAUAAGAUAUUCAGGAAGAGUUACAAUCUUAUAUCGAGAAGGUUAAGGUAUAAAUUGAUUAAGUCAGGGAUAAGUAAGAAGCAGAGAUAUAUUAUGAGUAGACUUUAAAAAUGAUGGAAAAUAGAACUUUGCAAGCUAGCUUGGACAUGAGGAAGAAACUUCAUGAUUUAUAAUAGGCAAGCUCUUCAAUAAAUAAGACUAAUGAGUCUUUAGAAAGUGAAUUGAAUGCAGUUAGGCUUUAAAAAAAGCUUAUCAGAUUCAAGAAAAAUUAAAUUAACGAAGAGCUAAAUGAAAGAGAUUAAAAAUAUGCUGAAACCUUAAAUCAGUAAAAUAUAAAGCAGAUAGAAGUAGAGUCUGAGCUAGUUGUUUUAAUUAAAGAGUAUGAGGAGUUUAGUAAGAAAGAAAAAGAGGUUAUGCAACAAUUAAAUAAGUAACAGGAAGAAAUUAAACAUCUUGAAAAGGAAAUUUAGUAUAAAACUAGCAUAAGAAAUACACAGCAAAAGCAACAAGCUACUUUGGAAUAAAUUGAUUUUUUGAUUACUUUGAAGCAAUACUCAGAUAAAAUGGAGAAAAGACUUUCAGACAUUUAAAGAAGUAUAUAAGAUUCUCUAGUAGAAGAAGAUGUAUAAUCUUAAAAUUUAGAAAAAAAUAUCGGAAAUGAACCUAGAGCAUAAGCUUAAGAAAAGAUCAGCCAAGCUUAUACUAUUAAUGUUAUUUAAGAAGAUUAAAACUAAUCUUUAGAGAAGGAAAAAAGCUAAGAUUAAAAAUAAAAUAAGUAAAAUAAAAUAUUAAAUGAUUAGGUUAUACAAGAAGAGUAAAACAUUGAUGAAAAGAAUUAAAUGAAAGACAUAGGGGUCAAAGAAUUGGAAAGAAUCAAAUUAAAUGAAUAAAUAAAAAGCGAAAAUAAUUAAAAAAAACUAAAUAUUCUCAAUAAUAUAUUAAAUUUAUACUAAGAUGGUAGUUAAUUAUCUAUGAACGAUGAUGAAGAUCAAUAAAAGUCUAAUUAAAAAUUAAGUUAAAAUAACUUAGAAAAUGAUUAAAAUUUAUCAGUUUCAGAAGAUACAAAUUUAAAGAAAAACUCAAGUAGUAGUGAUUCUUCUAGUAGUAGUAUGGAAGCUCAUAAUUAACAUUCAGAAGAAGUUAACAAAGAGUGUUCUUCAUUUUUUGAAGAUUUAGAUGAAAAAAUUCAUGAUACCUCUAUAUUUGUUACUUAAAAAGUUAAGAAAUAAGAUGACCUUGAAAAUUGGAAAGAAUCAUCUAUUUCUUCUGCAGAAAACAAUAAGAUUUCUUCAAGUGAUCGCUUUAAUUAAUUAACUAUCAAAUCUGGAGAAAAUUCAAAUUAUACAAUAUCAGAUUUUACUUUAAACUCAUAAGAAAUAGUUUAGAGCAAAGAAAAAUCUAACAAAUAAGUUGAUAGUUUUAGUAGCAGUAGUCUCGAUAGCAGUUUAGUUGAAGAUGAAUAAGAAGAAGGAGGAUAAAAUAAACUUUAACCACUUUACAAUCACAAUAGUGAAAUAAGCAAAUAGAAUAACAAUGGAGUUGCUGAUGGUGAUACCAAUUUUAUAAAAUCUUUACAAGAGAAAAAAAUAAAAAAUGCCAGAUUUGUUGAGGAUAUUCUUAAUAAUGAAAGUAUCGAAAAGAAUUAAAAAUUAAAAGUAAAGAAAUAAAACAAAUAAAAUAAUGUUAAGCAAAAGUAAAAUAAGCCAAAGAAAAAUAAAAUAAGGAUGCUAAAAAAGUUAAAAAAUAAAUAAAAUCGCUUUAGAUUAGACAGGGUAUCAACUAAAGGAUCUUAAAUAAUAGGUUCAUGUAGGUCUCUUAAGUAGAAUUCUUCUAGGUUUAUUAAAAGCAAAAAGAAAUCUUCAACUUUGAUUUAAAUUGGUCAAUACUCUCAAAAAUAAAUUGAAAAAGAAAAGGAAAAAAUACUCAAAUAAAAGGCUUUGAGGGAUGAAUAAAUUCCUCUAAAGGAAAGGGUAAAGUAGUUCAUGGAGUCUAUUGAAGGAGAUAUCGAAAUAUGCUUCGUUGAGCUAACAGAGAGAUUUAAAAGAAAUAAAGAAAAUUUAGAGAAUUUAUAAAUUUAACAAAAUAAGCUAAGUUAGACAAAAAGAGUUGUUUAAAAAUAUUUGGAAGAACUUGAAGCUGUUCCACUUGAAAAACCUGAAGAAGAACAUCAAUCUACAUAUAGUUCUUAAUCUAUAAAUUUUGAUAAAAACUAAGAUAGCAAAAGCUUUUUUAAAUUUAAAGGAAACACAUUUAAAACUUUAAAUAAUCUAGAAAGUAACAAUAAUAUGGAAAUCAAAUCUAGAUCUGAGUUUUAAAUCAACGAAGCAUAAGAUCAGUCACAAAUACUUGAAAUUAUGCACUACAAGAAAAAAAUGAUUGAAAGAGAGCAUUUACUUUAAGCAGAGGUUUACAAUAUUGAAUAUUCACAUACUUUACUCAAGCUUAACAAAGCAUAGAGAAUUUUAAGUCUAUUUUAAUAAGAUUUAAAGAUCGUGCACUUUCGUGUAUCAAGGGUGUUGAGUAAUUUAGUGGAUAGAUAGCGCAAUGAGGCUCUUUAAUAACUUUUGUUAAGAGCUAAUAAUUAAAUAUUAAAAUUGAAUGAAAGAGCUAACUCGUUACUUCAGAGAAGUGCUAAUUAUGUUAAAACAGAGUUUUCUUAAUAAGAAUUUUAACAAGUUAUUAGCUUAGAUCUGCCCAUGAAGGGUAUGUUAAUUUAGCUUUUUUCUCAGUAAGGGCAUAUAUUCGACUGUAUAACUUCAGUAGUAACUUAUUUUUUUCCUUACUGCUCUAACUCUAUUUAGCAGUUUAUUUACCAAUUUAAGCAAGGUUAUUAUCUGCUUAGAUUCUGUAAAAAAGUUGAUAUACUUUACUACAUUUCUCUCGUAUAGAACAAUGUUAUGAAAUAAAAUUUUUUUUAGCAGAAUAAUGAACAAGAACUAAAGCCUAUAACAUCAAAUAAUUCAAGUAGUAUUGCCAAGCUUAAAUUAGAAAAAGUGAUAACUUAAUUAGGGAUAAAAACAAAUUUAUUUAGUAAUGAGCAAUAAUAAAAAUGUACUUUUAAAAAACUUCAAUUAAUAAAACCUUUAGAUGACUUCACAAAAGAGGAAAAAAAAGUAAUCGAUGAUACUAUCCUUAUGGAAUUCUAUAAUUAAUUUCCUAAUUUAUUAGAAAGGGCUGCAUUCAAUUACUCAUAAAUAGGUAUUGAGAGAACAGUGUAGCUCAUUCAAAUAAUAAGUACUCUGUAAAAAUUGAUCAAUGAAAUUAAAGAAAAAUAGAAAUAAUUCAAUAGUAGUUUUAGCUAAUCUUCAUGCGAUUCUUAAAAGUAAAUUAGAGAAUUUAGAAAUUAAUUCUAGAAAAAAGAAAGCAAGAAAAAAAAUUAGCAAAAAAAGCAAAUCAGUGGAAUGUCUAAAAAAAAUUCACAUUUAGAUGCAAAUGAUUUCUAAAAGCUAGAUCAAUAUGAUUUUAAUUAUGGGCAAGAUUGGUAGUAAAGACUCAAUAAUCUAUAGCUGCAAGCUUACUAUAAAAACUAAAUUAGGAGAAUGAAUUCUUAUAUGGGUGUUAAUAAAUUUGAAGAAAAGGAGUCGUUGCUAACAAUUGAUGACAAAAAUCACAUAAUAAAAAAGAAUCCUAACUAAAUUAACAUCAAAGAUUUAAUAAAAGAAUAAAUAUAUAAUUUGCACUACAUAAAUAAUCCUUAAACGAUUAACUUAGGAGAAGAAUACUAAAAUUUUACAUCUCUUAGAAAAAAAAUUAAGAUUGAGCUUGAAGAAUAAAAGAAGAUAUUUUAAGAAGAGAACCUAAAAAAAUAAGAAGAGAUAAAGCAGUAGGAGUAAUCUCUCUAAAAGACUCAAAAUUUUGUACUUCAAUCUCUCAAGAGAGUAAGAAGCGAAGAUUCUAUUACAGAAACGAAUAGAAAAAGAUAAAUAUCAAAAUUAUGGUAAAAAAGUCUUUCUCCAAUCAGAAUCAUAAAUUUUUUCUAAAAAAUUCCAAAUAAAAAGAAGACAUUUAAAUAAGAUGAAAUAAUAAUAAAUAAUUACAAAAGAAAUAAAUAUUAAAGCAGAGAUUUAUAAUGUAUUAGUUUAGAUUAAUCUGAUUUGAUAGAUAAAUAUGUGAAAGAGCCUGAAAAUAAUAUUAAAAAUUAGAAUACUAAUCUAAAAUUAUAAAACUAAGAAAAUAAAAAAUAAGAACAGCCUUUAAAAUAUACAAAUCUUGAAGAUAAAUAAUCACCCAAGAGAGUUUAAAAAUAGAUAGACAAAGAAUAAUAAGAACUUAUAAAUGCCUUAAAAAAAAUAGUUCAUUAUUAAAAGGAUUUUAAAAAGGCUAAAUAAAAUGGCAUUGAAAAAUUUAAUAAAGAGAUUCAUCAAUAAAAGUUAGAACAAAUUAAAUCUCAAAAAUUAAAUUCUCAGUAAGGUUAGGAUAAGCAAUAGUAAUUUCAAUAAACAAAUUAAUAAGAUACACAAAAUAAUAAUAAAAAUUCUAACACAUAAUAAUCUCAAUAAAAUUAGCAAAAUUAAUAAAAUAACUCUCCACCUUCACCUUCAAACCACCUAGAAAAAAUAAAGGUUAAAAAGUAAUUUGUUGCUUAUUUUAAAAGAAAGCAAUAUGAAAAAGAAAAAUAACUAGAGGAUGAAGUACUUAAACUUUAUAAGCAUAGUGAUAACUAUUACUAAUAAAGAAAUUAAGAUAUAAAUAAUUUGUCAAUGGAUGAUACCUAUUACAAUUUUUUGAAUUUAAAUAACAAAGAAAAUAAUUAAUAGCAAUUACCAUAAAUUAGGUAUUUUUAAUAAAAAGCAGGGAAUAGGAGGGAUUCUUUUUAAUACACUAGCAUUUGGAAUAUCAUAAACAAGCUUUAAGCUUAAAAAAAAUUUUAAAACACAGGAAGUAAAAAUUCUAUAAACUAAGACAUUCCAUUCAGCCUAAUAUAAAAUGAUUAAAACGCCUUGUUAAAUAUUCAUGCUCAGAGUUCUCCUAACUCUAAGAGAAAAUCUAAUGCUCAAACAGACUAAUUUAAUCAGCCAGUAGUUAAAGUUAUUAAACACAAAUAAAACCAUAAAUAUUCAAAAUCUAAAUCACCUACCGCGAAAGAAAACAUAAUACUAUCUCCAAAUUCACCCAAUAUUUACCCUUCUUCAGCAGCUACCACAGCUCCACGAUCACUCAGCCCUAUAAGUUCAAUAAAAUAUUCACCAAUAACGCAAUCUAAAUUUAAGCAAGAGUAAAUGCUACCAAAAAUUAAAUCAAAAAAUUCUUCUUCUUCUCCAUUGCAAAAGAAAAAGAAAAAAAGUUUGCAUGUAAAACUUCAAAACACUAAUUAAAUUUGA